AACUUCAUAGUUAUAUACUUAUAUCAAUCAAUUACGCUUUCUAAUGAUUUCUUCUGUAUUCUAUCAAUGUAUUAUGAAUAUCAUCUUGUGGUUUUCUUCAAGAUUUGGCUUCCUGAUUGCAUAUCAAUUGCAGUUGAAUUAUAACUUACAAGGUAGCUGAUAGGCAUCCAUACCUUCACACAGUUGAACCUGAUGAUUGAAUGGAUAGGAAGCAGCAUAUUGCAAUAUUUACUACCGCGAGUCUUCCAUGGAUGACUGGAACGGCUGUUAAUCCUCUAUUUCGUGCUGCAUACCUUACAAAAGAUGCAGAGAGAAAGGUUACUUUGGUGAUUCCGUGGUUAUCUUUAAAGGAUCAACAGCUAGUUUACCCAAACAAGAUCACAUUCAAGUCUCCUACAGACCAUGAGGCUUAUGUCCGUCAGUGGGUUGAACAAAGGACUGGAUUUAUAUCUGGAUUUAAUAUAAACUUCUAUCCUGGAAAGUUCUCUGAAGAUAAAAGGAGCAUUCUAGCCGUUGGGGAUAUUACGGAAAUCAUUCCAGAUGAAGAGGCAGAUAUUGCCGUCUUAGAAGAGCCUGAGCACCUGACAUGGUACCAUCAUGGACGCAGAUGGAAAACAAAAUUCCGAUUAGUAAUAGGGGUUGUUCACACCAAUUAUUUGGAAUACGUGAAGAGAGAAAGGAAUGGGUUGCAAGCAUUUCUUUUGAAACACAUGAAUAGCUGGGUUAUCCACAUCUACUGCCACAAGGUCAUAAGAUUAUCCGCUGCAACACAGGAUCUUCGAAAAUCAAUUAUAUGCAACAUCCAUGGGGUCAACCCCAAAUUCCUUGAAGUUGGUAAGAAAAAGCAAGAGCAGCUGAAAAAUGGAAAUAAAGCCUUCACCAAGGGUGCGUACUACAUCGGGAAAAUGGUGUGGAGUAAAGGCUAUAGAGAGCUCCUUAAACUACUUUCUGAUCACCAGAAGGAACUAACAGGCCUUCAGGUUGAUUUAUAUGGAAAUGGAGAGGACCAUGAUCAAGUUGAAGCAGCAGCUAGAAAAUUAGAACUCACCAUUAAGGUCCACCCAGGCUGUGACCAUGCUCACCCUCUAUUUCAUGAUUAUAAGGUGUUCCUAAAUCCAAGCACAACAGAUGUUGUCUGCACAACUACAGCUGAAGCACUGGCAAUGGGAAAAAUUGUCAUUUGUGCCAACCAUCCCUCAAACGACUUCUUCAAACAAUUUCCAAAUUGCCAUACAUAUGAUGAUGCUAAAGGAUUUGCCAAACUGACAUGCAAGGCACUGGCUGAGGUGCCAGUCCCACAGACUGAUGAACAUAGACAUGAACUGUCAUGGGAGGCUGCAACAGAGCGGUUUCUGAAGGUAGCUGAGCUCAAUCAGGGGUCCACAAGUAAACCAGAGAAAGCCCCGACAAAGAAUUUUAUGUCACUGUCAUUGAAUUUGAGGAGGAAAAUUGAGGAUGCCUCAGCAUUUGUGCAUUACACGGCUUCUGGGAUUGAAGCUGCACGUAAAGCAUUUGGUGCAAUUCCUGGAAGCCUGCAACCAGAUGAGGAACAAUGUAAAGAGCUUGGGUUGGCUGUUCCCAAAGGGAAGCAUGGUUCAAAGCGUGGUUAAAGACACUGAUACAGUGGAUGUGCUCUCUUGCAACUUAUAU